UUAAAUUUGCAGGUAUAAAAUUCAAAGUUUCAAGAUAAAAAAAAGAUAAAUUGAUGCGUAUCUAAUGACGUGGAGCUUGUCGAAUAAAAUAUACUUAUAUUUUAUUUUUUUAGUUUACCGCAUUCCCACCUACGUAAUAUGCAUCUACCUGGAAAAAAAAACACAGAGUCAACUUUUUGAGUUGUCUCUCGACACAAUAGCUUGCACUAAAUUGCAUCCAGCUACAAAUAUUUUUAAAUAAUAAUUAAAUUAAUCAUAACAACGAUAACUUAAGAGCUAAAAUUGGCUAAAAUUAUAAUUUAAAUUAAAAAUAUAAAUAAUGUUUAAAACAAUAUUACAAAAAUAUCAUGUAAAAAGACAAUUUUUAAUAACAAGUCUUAAAUAUUCAUCACAAAUUCCAGAAGCACCAAAACAAACAUUGUUAAAUUCAUUGUUAAAUUUAGUAAAUUAUGAAAGAGCAUAUAAAUUUCAUCAUUAUGUUGAUGGUAAUCAUAAAAAAUUAGGACCAAUUUAUCGUGAUAAAAUUGGUCCAGUUAGUGCUGUAUUUUUAAAUUCACCAGAGGAUUAUCAAAAAAUAUUUAGAUAUGAAGGAGCAACACCUAGACAUUUUUUACCAGAAGCUUGGCUUCUUUACAAUGACAUGAGAAAAUGUCAAAGAGGUUUAUUAUUUAUGGAUGGUGAAGAAUGGCAGUAUUACAGAAAAAUUAUAAAUAAAAUUAUGGUAUCACCAUACAGUUUAAAAGAUGUUGUGAUAAAAAGUAGUUUUGCAGCUGCUGAUGAUUUGAGUAAAGAGUUAAAAAUAUAUAGUGAUAAUCAACAAGUUAUUCCUGCAAUUGAAAGAAGACUUUAUCGUUGGUCAAUUGAAGUAAUGAUGUCAGUACUCAUGGGUUCAACUUGGAAUAGUUAUAAGCAAAUUGGCCGAAUUGAAGCUGAAAAACUUGCUGGUAUACUUCAUAAAGUAUUUGAAAUAAGUGCUAAACUUUCACUACUACCAGCAAAAUAUGCCAUGAAAUUACGUCUUCCAGUAUGGCAAGAAUUUGUUAAAGUUGCAGAUGAAACUCUGGAUCUAACAAGAAAAUUAGUACCACAAAUGGAAUCUUAUGGUGGUGAUGGAUUAUUAUUUUUAAUGAAACAAGAAGGAAUACAAGAUGAUAAUCUUAUUAAAAUUGUGACUGAUUUAAUUUUAGCUGCUGGAGAUACAACAGCUUAUUCGACUCAGUGGGCACUAUUUUUACUUUCAACUCAUCAAAAUAUUCAAGACGAAUUUGCGAAACAAGUAUCAACAUUGGAAGUAAAUGAAAUCAUUGGAAAUUCAUAUGCAAAAGGAAUUUUAAAAGAAUCAUUGAGAUUAUAUCCAACAGCUCCAUUUUUAACUCGUAUUUUACCAGAGAAAAAAAAUAUUUGUGGAUAUGAUUUAUCUGGUGGUGAAUUAAUACUCAUGUCACUUUAUUCAAGUGGAAGAAAUCCUCUUAAUUUUUAUCAACCAAAUGAAUUUAUUCCCUCAAGAUGGCUGAGAAAUGAAAAAGGAAAUUUUGAUGGUGUUCAUAAUUCUUAUGGAAGUUUACCAUUUGCUCUUGGUGUCAGAAGUUGUGUUGGUAAAAAACUUGCUGAAACUCAAAUGACACUAUUGUUGUCACAGCUUGUUAAAAAUUACAAAAUCAAUUGUUCAAAUGCAACAAAAAUUGAUAUAAAAUUACAUUUAAUUAGCGUACCAUCAGAGCCAAUAUUAUUUUAUUUAACAAAACGUUAA